AAUCAAGCAAAGAACGUGCAGGAAACUACUAGAAUAUUGAGAAUUGUUUAGCAAUGCAGAUGAAAAGUGGAAUAUUAAUAGCAUUAUGUCUAUGCCUUUCGUUGAACGAAGGCCUGGCCCUUCUGGAGCACGAAGGCGAGACCAUCAACAGAUGCAUCCAAAACUAUGGCGGACUUACUGCGGAAAAUGCCGAACGUCUAGAACGAUUCAAGGAAUGGUCGGAUAGCUACGAGGAAAUCCCCUGCUUCACGCGCUGCUAUUUGUCCGAGAUGUUCGACUUUUACAAUAACUUAACGGGCUUCAAUAAGGACGGAAUUGUGGGCGUCUUUGGAAGACCCGUCUACGAAGCCUGCCGAAAGAAAUUGGAACUGCCAUUCGAAUCAGGCGAGAGCAGCUGCAAACAUGCCUACGAGGGCUUCCACUGCAUCACCAACAUGGAAAGCCACCCGUUCACGGUUAUUGACAACAUGCCAAACAUAUCCCCGUCGGCCAAGGAUGCAAUGAAGGACUGCCUUCAGGAUGUCCACCAGGACGAGUGGAAGAGCUUCGAUGCCUUCGCCUACUAUCCUGUCAAUGAACCGAUUCCGUGCUUCACCCGGUGCUUCGUGGACAAGCUGCAUAUCUUCGAGGAGAAAACGCGUCUUUGGAAACUGGAGGCGAUGAAGCAAAACCUGGGCAUUCCGGCCAAAGGAGCUCGCAUAAGGACCUGCCAUCGGCACCGCGGCAGGGACCGAUGUGCCACAUAUUACAAACAGUUCACCUGCUACGCGAUGGCUGUUUAGGCAGCUAUUAUUGUAAGCAAAAUUUAUAAAUGAUUACAUACUAAUUUAAUGAUAAAAGUAUGCUUUCAUUUGUCUAGAUAAUAUUUCCGAAUUUUGAAAUAUAUAGAUCUUACAAUG